AUGGCGGUGGACCAGGAGCACACCAUCUGGGCACUCUGUGGAGUUACCCUGUUUGGAAAUUCUAGACUUGGAACUCUGGUCCAUCGAGGCCGACAUCCUGUGGAGCUACCUCAACCGUCAGGCCACAACGUUUAUCAAGGGGAUAUCGGUGUCUCAACCCCUGCUUCUGGUGGUAAUCCAGCAACUAGGCAGCCGUGUUCUGGAAAUGCAUCAAGGGACGGCGUUGCGAUGGCGAGCGGCGGCCGUUUGGCGAGGGGGGAAGGAGUCCUACAGAGGAAAGUCGUCGCCGCCCCAUUUGGCGACGAUCAGCAGCUUGCAGCGGGCACGUGA